AGUAUAUUCUCGGACGGCUCAGCUACGAACACAACGUGCUGUUGUCCGCUCUCAGACGUUGUCCAUUCUCAGCUCAAGCUAUGGUGACCACCGGUGAACAGGCGCAGGAUCGGGAUCCGGAGCCGGAUGCACUGAGUCCGACGUCGGCGGUAACCGGACUGCCACAGAAGCGCUUCUACCGCCAGCGGGCGCACUCGAAUCCCAUUGCGGACCACAGCUUUGACUAUCCCGCCCGCCCGGAGGAUGUGGACUGGCGCAAGCUCUACCCGAGCAUCCAGCCGGGCCAGCAGGUGCGCUUCGCGGACAUCGGCUGCGGCUACGGCGGCUUCCUGGUCACCCUGGGCGAGAUGUUUCCCGAGAAGCUGUCCAUCGGCAUGGAGAUCCGCGUCAAGGUGUCCGACUACGUGGUGGACCGGAUCGCGGCGCUGCGCCGGAAGAGCGAGGCCACGGGCGCGGGGGCGUACCAAAACAUCGCCUGCCUGCGCACCAAUGCCAUGAAGUAUCUGCCCAACUACUUCGCCAAGGGCCAGCUGGAGAAGAUGUUCUUCCUGUACCCGGAUCCGCACUUCAAGCGGGCCAAGCACAAGUGGCGCAUCAUCAACCAGGCCCUGCUCUCCGAGUACGCCUAUGUCCUGAGGAAGGGGGGUCUGGUGUACACCAUGACGGACGUGGAGGACCUGCACAAGUGGAUCGUGGCGCACAUGGAGGAGCAUCCGCUCUACGAGCGUCUCACCGAGGCGGAGGCGGAAGCCGAUCACAUCACCCCGAAGCUCUACCAGAGCAGCGAGGAGGGCGCCAAGGUGGUGCGAAACAAGGGCGAUCACUUCUUGGCCAUUUUCCGUCGCCUCUAGCAACGUAUAUUGUCCAUUUGUGUAGACACUAAUUUAAGAUUGCCGUAUAGUAAAGAUCGAUUGUUAGAGCA